AUGCCGAUUGAAGCACUGUCCAGGAAAGCGGUGGACACCCUGCUGCGCGAUCCCCGCACAAGAUUUCUCGGCGAGGGGUCCUAUGGCAAGGUCUUUCUGGUCCUCUACCAAGGGCAGCAGUGCGUCGUCAAGCGGGGACAGGCCAUACAUGAUGUCUUAGACUUCGUUGAAGAGACGAAGCUGAUGGAGGUCCUAAAGGGUGCUGGAGGCGCUCCUAUUCCCUUGGGCUUCUGCUACGACAUACCUGCCCUCGUCAUGACCUUCUGCGGGGCUAAAAAUAUGCGGGAUUACUUGAAGGGCCAGUCAUCUGAACUGCCGCUUUUGUUCAUCCUCAGACUGGCUCUCCGUUUGACCGAGCGCCUUCAGGAGAUCCACCGGGCGGGUUUCGUUCACUGCGACUUGAAGUCAAAUAAUGUCACCCUCAAGUUCGAUCGUCAAAGAAAGCUAGAGUCCGUCCACAUCAUCGACUUCGGCUUUGCGUGUCGCAUCGGGCAUUUGUUCUGCGGCAGAGAAGACAUUCCCCACAACCUCGUAGAACUGUCUAAACGCUGCGCGAGUUCCAAUCAUGCUAAACGCCCCGACCUGGAGUACGUGCGACAGUGCUUCGCUAAGGCGUGUUCGAAGUUCAAGGGCGGUCCGAUCAUCAGCCGCUUGGCGAGUAUAAUGUCCAUCCUUGAGUCGACUGAGAAGAGAAAGCCAACUGCAGAAGAGAUCAGGGUUCUGGCCCAUUUCUGCGCUCACAAAGAGCUACCCAUUCUGUCCAUCUCAGACAUACACGAGUACCUGAUGGUACAGAGGUCCGAGAAAAUCGAAAGCGACUGGGGCUACACGUUCACGACCGGGCGGAAGGUGAUCCAAAACGCGAGUACUCUUAAAGAUUUCAAAAACCUUCUUGUGGAAGCCAUGAGGUUGAAGGUAUCCGAUGAAAAUUGUGGCACUCAGGUCCUCGAAGGCAUCUGCCCUGACAUGCUGUGCCUUGUGACCAACGGCGUCCUGAAAGGGUCUUCUAACAAGCGCCCUCGCGAAGAACGAGAUGCAGCGAGACCAGCGAAGUGCCCCCGCCGAGGCGCUCGCUGA